GACGCUGGCUCGCGCGGUCGCCAUCUUUCCUCUGCGAUUUUGACGUAUUACUCGUGACUCAUUGCCUCAGUGUAGACCCGGUGGUGCUUCGGUGGUGGUGGUGGUUGUGUUGCUAUUUGUCGAGUUCCAUUCGAAAUUCGGAAGGGUCGCGGGACCGGGUAUCUGCCUGGCUCAUUUCCGCGGAAGUGGGGCCCGUUAUUUACAUCUUCCGGAUGCUGCGAUUCUUACUUCAACGCCACAUUCUGCGUAUUUUGUCGAACAAUUCUCCUGUCACAGAAAGGUAUAGCCUCUCUUUCAAACUUACACGGCUUCCUAUAUGCUUCCAGAAAUUCUCAAGCGGUUCGCAUCAAGUUCGACCUCGGUUCCUUCGCAGUUUUGUGUUGACAGGUACGCACUCUUUGAACCGUAUAUGCGUUCUAGUCAAUCUAGAUCAGGAGAUGCGAUCGCUUGAUCGAACCGUGAGACUCGAUCCUCACUCAUUUUUGUUGAGAAAAAAUGUAAAAACUGGUGCUCUUCGUUUGCUUCGAGCGUUUAGGCUCGGCUGAAAAGAAUGCAUCGAGGAAUGUACCUUAAGGCUAAAGUACGGAAUGCACCCCGCCUCGACGUUGACCAUCGAGUCGCCAGCAUAACACAACUUUCUGAAAUGCGUCGUAGAAACGUUGUCAAAUGAAGUUAAAGCUGAACCGUCGCAGAAAAGUCAGUGGGACGGAUUUUCUAAGGAAGCAUUGGGCCCCGUAAUACUCGUAUGCGGGAACGGGCCCUGGAGAGACAAAGAGAGACAGCUAGAGAAAGGCGUACUGAGAGAGAAGAAUAAAAAGGGGCCUAACAUAAGGAGCAGCAGAAGAGCGAGAGAGGAGAGGAUAAACAAGUGUGAAGGAGCAGGAGGAAGAAAUUGUACUCUUUCCAACAGAGAGAGAGAGAGAGAGAGAGAGAGAGACAAACACGAAGAGUGACCCAGAUUUUAGCGGGUCGAGGGACUCGCGCCACGGGCACAGUGUACGGCGGAUUUUAUGAAAUGGGACGCGGCGCUGCCCGAAGCUAAAUUAGCCGCGAUGUCCAAUAAGAAUAAGUCCCAGCAGCCGCAGCAUCCUUCGCACGUGAUCAAACCAGUGGACCAGGUACCACCGCGGUAUCAGCCACCUCCGCAGCCAAGUACCGGAAUCCUGAAGAAUCAGCCGCACUUUCCGGCCUCUUCGGCCGCCAUCCAGUCGCAAAAUACAAUAGCGGGAUCCGCCACUAUUAUCGGACAUCAUCCUCAGGUGCAGCACCAACAGCAGAGCCAACCACGCGUCGCAACCCAAUCCAAAGAUGUACAAAGCAAAUUCUCCGCAAAGAUAGAAGCAUCGACUCAACCUACGAGCAGCCUCCCCAAUCCUGCUAAUCCCUCUAAAAACACUGCGCCGCAUCUCUAUACUCAGUCAAAACUUGCCCAGGGUCAGUUCCUGCCGCCAACCAGUCAAUACCCAACGGCAGGUCAGCCAGUUGUCCGUCAAAGGAUCACCGACGAGGAAUUCCUGAGACUUGGCCCCGUGGAAAUGCUGAAAUUCGUCAGGAAGACCGAGAGUGACAUCGCACGGCUCGCCGCCGAGCAGAAUCGUCAAAUACAGAGUUUGCUGAGUGAGCUACGCGCGCUCAAGGAGGCCAAUCAGAGGCUCAGUGACGACAAUCAGGAACUGCGGGAUCUCUGCUGCUUCCUGGACGAUGAUCGGCAGAAGGGACGCAAAUUGGCUCGGGAAUGGCAAAGAUUCGGAAGGUACACGGCGAGCGUGAUGCGCCAGGAAGUGUCGGCGUAUCAGAACAAGCUUAGGCAGCUAGACAACAAGCAACAGGAGCUAAUAAAGGAUAACUUGGAACUCAAGGAACUUUGUCUCUACCUCGACGAGGAAAGAGGCGGCGGUCAGAGGGACGAUGGCGAUGGGAGCAGUUCGAGCACCAAUGCCGAGGAAACUGCGCCUCCCAGAUCUAGACAUGCUCCUACCUUUAACGAUCAAACAAUGCAAUACGUAAGGAGCCUGGAGCAGCGAGUGAAGCAGCUCGAAGAGGACAAGAAUAUGCUUCAAGCCAGGGCCCAGGGUUGGGAGCCGCCUCCAGGAGAGGUUUGGGAAAAUCCUGGUAGCCCCACCGAGCCUCAUUUGAGCAGUCGACCCGAAGCUGUUGUGCGUGCCCUGCAAGUGCUCGAGGUCAGGGAACAGCUCGAAAGAGAAGAUGGACACGACGGCGAGAAAGCUCUGGUUCGGGAGAUGUGCAACGUCGUUUGGAGAAAACUCGAGGAAGAUCCUCAAACGAGACACUGAUUAAGCCCAACGAGACUAAAUCUCAGAUAGAAUGAUAUUAAAAGAACUUCCAUUGCCUUGUAGUAUUAAUGACUCUGAACCUAAUGAUAUUAUAUGAAUUGAUAAAUUAUUAUAAUAUACAUAUUUUUACGCGUAGAUGAUAUAUAUAUAUAUUUGUAUAUGAAGUAAGAGCGUAUCCGUCGGCAAUAAGAACUAUUUAUGUAAAUCCGUAGAACGCCGUUAACUUGCCUAGAUGACUGUUAAUAAACUAUUUUUAUUAGA